UUGAGAGUUUAUUUUUGCUUUUGGAUGAAUCUGUGGAGCUUAUGUUGUAAGAAGAAAGGGAGAACGAGACACAAUGAAAGAGAAGUCCAAAAACGCUGCGCGGACUAGGAGGGAGAAGGAAAACAGUGAAUUUUAUGAACUGGCUAAGUUACUGCCUUUGCCCUCAGCGAUCACCUCGCAGCUGGACAAAGCAUCCAUAAUCAGGCUCACCACCAGCUAUCUCAAAAUGAGAGUUGUGUUCCCAGAAGGACUCGGCGAGGCGUGGGGCCACUCGAGUCGCACCAGCCCUUUGGACAACGUGGGCAGAGAACUGGGCUCGCAUUUGCUCCAGACCCUGGAUGGCUUCAUCUUUGUGGUGGCCCCAGAUGGGAAGAUCAUGUACAUCUCAGAGACAGCCUCAGUCCACCUGGGUCUUUCUCAGGUAGAGCUGACUGGGAACAGCAUUUACGAAUACAUCCACCCCGCGGACCACGACGAGAUGACCGCGGUGCUCACGGCCCAUCAGCCCUACCACUCUCACUUCGUCCAGGAGUAUGAGAUCGAGCGCUCCUUCUUCCUGAGGAUGAAGUGCGUCUUGGCCAAGAGGAACGCGGGCCUCACGUGCGGUGGCUACAAAGUCAUUCACUGCAGCGGCUACCUGAAGAUCCGCCAGUACAGCCUGGACAUGUCCCCCUUCGAUGGCUGCUACCAGAACGUGGGCCUGGUGGCCGUGGGUCACUCGCUGCCUCCCAGCGCCGUCACGGAGAUCAAGCUGCACAGCAAUAUGUUCAUGUUCCGCGCCAGCCUGGACAUGAAGCUCAUCUUCCUGGACUCCAGAGUGGCGGAGCUGACGGGGUACGAACCUCAGGACCUAAUCGAGAAGACUCUGUACCACCACGUGCACGGCUGCGAUACCUUCCACCUGCGCUGCGCCCAUCACCUGCUGCUCGUGAAGGGGCAGGUGACCACCAAGUACUACAGGUUCCUGGCGAAGCACGGCGGCUGGGUAUGGGUGCAGAGCUAUGCGACCAUCGUCCACAACAGCCGCUCCUCCAGGCCACACUGUAUCGUCAGCGUCAACUAUGUCCUCACGGACACAGAAUACAAAGGAUUGCAGCUCUCCCUGGAUCAGAUCUCAGCCUCUAAACCAGCCUUCUCCUACACCAGCAGUUCCACUCCUACCAUGACUGACAACAGGAAGGGGGCCAAGUCCAGGCUCUCCAGCUCAAAGUCAAAAUCCAGAACUUCCCCAUAUCCUCAGUAUUCAGGAUUUCACACGGAAAGAUCUGAGUCUGAUCACGACAGCCAGUGGGGUGGAAGUCCGCUGACCGACACGGCCUCGCCUCAGCUCCUGGACCCCGCGGAGAGACCGGGCUCCCAGCACGACGCGUCGUGCGCCUACAGACAGUUCUCUGACCGCAGCUCUCUCUGCUACGGCUUUGCGCUGGACCAUUCCAGGCUGGUGGAGGAGAGGCAUUUCCACACGCAGGCCUGCGAGGGAGGCCGGUGUGAGGCAGGCAGGUACUUCCUGGGAACGCCGCAGGCCGGGAGGGAGCCCUGGUGGGGCUCUCGCGCGGCCUUGCCCCUCACCAAGUCUUCCCCAGAGAGCAGAGAAGCCUAUGAAAACAGCAUGCCUCACAUCGCUUCCAUCCACAGGAUCCACGGGCGAGGUCAUUGGGAUGAAGAUAGUGUGGUCAGUUCUCCAGACCCUGGGUCUGCCAGCGAAUCAGGUGACCGAUACCGCACUGAGCAGUAUCAAAGUAGCCCACACGAACCUAGCAAAAUUGAAACUCUGAUAAGAGCCACCCAGCAAAUGAUUAAAGAAGAAGAGAACAGAUUGCAGCUAAGGAAGGCCCCCCCAGACCAACUGGCUUCCAUUAAUGGAGCUGGGAAAAAACACUCCCUCUGUUUUGCAAACUACCAACAGCCCCCGCCAGCAGGGGAGGUCUGCCACAGCUCGGCUCUUGCCAACACUUCACCGUGUGACCACAUCCAGCAGAGAGAGGGAAAGAUGCUGAGCCCCCACGAAAAUGACUAUGACAACAGUCCCACUGCACUGUCUCGAAUAAGUAGUCCCAAUUCGGAUCGCAUUUCAAAAUCCAGUUUGAUCUUAGCUAAAGACUAUCUACAUUCGGAUACGUCUCCACAUCAGACAGCAGGAGACCAUCCUGCCGUCUCGCCAAACUGCUUUGGUUCUCACCGGCAGUAUUUUGAUAAGCACGCUUACACAUUAACUGGAUAUGCCCUGGAGCACUUAUAUGACAGUGAAACCAUUAGAAACUAUUCCUUGGGCUGUAAUGGCUCACACUUUGAUGUCACUUCCCAUCUAAGGAUGCAGCCAGACCCGGCACAAGGACACAAGGGAACAUCUGUUAUAAUAACCAAUGGAAGCUGAUGUUUUUCUAAAAUAUUUUGUUCUUUAAGGCUCUCUGAAACAUAUUUAUAGUUUAAUGCCCCGUUACCAGCAUUUACUAUGCCACAGAUGGUUACAGAGGAUAAUUUAAGUUACUGGAUAUUUGACAUGUGUUCCUGCAAAAUCAAAGAGCACUAGCAUUCAGGGUUACACGCAGAUAAUGGAGUUAAAUGAAUACAUAAAUUGCCCCUCUAAAUUAUAUGGGAACCAGAAUAGAUAAAGUUUGAUUUGAGAAGUACUCGUGUAGAUUAAAUGAGCAUAUAUAUCACAUUAAAGGACUGGUAGAAGACAGCAUUGCACUGUGAUGCUCCAGUAAACCUCACACACACGGACCACCCUCCACACACUGCUGUGUACACUUUACAUGCAGAAAUGUUGACUGUAUACCUUAAAUACAACCCAAAUGGGUAAGUUUUCUUAACCCUAGCAUAUUAAGCUUAUUGAAGAAAUUUCCAUUCCUAAAAUAACUGAGAGAAAGAGAGAGAGCUACAUCUUGUAAAGUGGUUUCUUGGUUGUGAUUUCAACCAGUCAGCCCAUUUGGUUCAGGCAUAAAUUAGGGAAAUGGUUCCGGGUAUGGUACAAGAAUGAGUUUUCCACCUGGUAUCCAUUAUAAGCAAUCAGGAAGUGGUGAUUUUUCACCUUACUUUUGAGUUAGAUGAGGAACAGGAUCACACUGACAUAGCAGUAAGGGUUUUCUAAGUAAAAGGACUAAGAUGUUGAGACACACAUCGAAAACCUGGUGUGCCCAAUUGGAAAUAGUUUAGGAAAGAUGGAAAGGCCAGAGACAGAGAGAAAUGAAAUGAUAUCUCAACACAAAAAUUUAAGCCUCUAAAUACGUAAUCAAUAUAUUUGAGGCUAUAAAACCAACCAAAUAAAAGACUCAAACCAAUUCACCAAGCAAAAAAAGGCUGAUAAGUACAAAAAAGAACUAAGGAAAGCCAGUGGAGGGCUACAUGGUGGCAGUGUGAACGAGAACAUUUCAGAGCACAGAUGUGCAAAUGCGACAACAUGUGGAAAGCCUCAGGGAGAGCCCAAGAUAAAAGCUUGGGCUGAUGGACAGGUGGCCAAAAGGGUAAGAGUCACUUCAAAUGAAGGAACACUCAAAGCGCUCAUUUCCCCUAUUGUCUGUGAACGACGGAAACAACA